AUGAUUGCUUGUCUCCAGAAAGUGAAAAAGCUCAUCAACAAAUUCAAUAAGUGCGAGGUCACCUUGGUCCAAUUAGUUGUGAAAGUUGACGAUGACAUCACCAAAUCAAUUCCAAUUAAGUUCUUGCCCAAGCCCAGCAUCGGCCGAUCCGAACCAGAGGGAGUAAUCCUUGUCAGCUCGGCUCUGAGCUGGAUGAAUCCAAUCAUAGGCUACCUCCAACAGAACAAGCUACCCGAUGAUAAGCUUGAGGCAUGGAGAAUUCGCAACAGAGCAGCUCGGUACACCAUGAUAGGAGAUGUCCUCUAUAAAAGAGGAUUCUCCUUGUCGUACCUAAGGUGCCUUCGACUCGACGAAGCGAAGUACGUUCUGAGGGAGAUCUACGAAAGGGUCUACGGUAAUCACUUGAGCUGGAGAGCACUCGCCCACAAAGUGAACCGGGAAGGGUACUACUAG